AUGGUUGUAUCUACUCGAGAGUUCGAUGCAUCUGCCCAUCUCGAUAUUCCUUCCAGAUAUGGAUAUGCCAAAAACUCCGGCUUCGCAGACCUCCUUGCCAUCAGUUUGGCGUCCAGUUUUCAGAAGAUCCGACAAAUCGUCUCCCGGUGCCCCGGCUGUGUCGUCAACACCACCGAAGAAGGAAUGGCCAAGGUGCUCACUGUAAGCUACAUCACUCGGACAUCCACUUGCACAAGGCCCCGACUCUUGGCCUCGUUGAGGCUACCGGUCUUUUUCGAUCCAAAAGAGAAGUCAAAGAACCUCACUUUGCAUUAUUUUGUCGUGACCUGCCGUUCCUUUGUGCUACUCAAACAGUACAGCCUGCCUCAACAAGACUUGUUGGCCGCCCACUCAGCCGACAGACGUUGUCAAGAUGUAACUAGGCGUGAAGUUGAACCGGCUCGUUGA